AUGCGCCGCGCACCUUCGCCCGGAUGCUGAUGUCUAACGACCGAGCGCGAACCUCCGAAGAUGAACCCUUUAACUAAGGUGAAGCUGAUCAACGAGCUGAAUGAGCGAGAGGUCCAGCUGGGGGUGGCCGAUAAGGUGUCCUGGCACUCCGAGUACAAGGACAGCGCAUGGAUCUUCCUGGGAGGGCUUCCUUAUGAACUGACUGAAGGGGAUAUCAUCUGUGUGUUUUCACAAUAUGGGGAGGUCGUUAAUAUUAAUCUUGUGCGAGACAAGAAGACUGGGAAAUCCAAAGGAUUCUGUUUCCUGUGCUAUGAAGACCAGAGGAGUACAAUUCUGGCUGUUGACAAUUUUAAUGGGAUCAAGAUCAAAGGAAGAACUAUUCGAGUGGAUCACGUGUCUAACUAUCGAGCUCCUAAGGACUCAGAAGAAAUGGAUGAUGUGACCAAAGAGCUCCAGGAAAAGGGCUGUGGGGCUCGUACCCCCUCAUUGAGUUCAUCUGAGGGCUCUGAAGAUGAAAAACUCACAAAAAAGCACAAAAAAGACAAAAAGGAAAAAAAGAAAAGAAAGAAAGAAAAAGAGAAGGCUGAUCGGGAGGGACAGGCAGAACAGCCAUCCUCCUCUUCAUCACCCAGAAGCAAGAUGAUAAAGGAAAAGGAUGACCUUGGCCCUAAGAAGCACAGCAGCAAGAACUCGGAGAGGGUUCAAAAGUCAGAGUCCAGGGAGGGGCAAAAGCACUACCCCGGCUCCCCUGAGGUCAGGACUACCUGCCAUGAUGGAGCAGAAGAUCUAGAGAGGGAGCCGAAGAAGGAGAAGACCAAGCAUGAGCACAGGUCCUCAAGCAAGAGGGAGACAGAAAAGAACAGGGAUGGGGCAAGAGAAGAGAAGAACAGAGAUGGGGCAAGACAAGAGAAGAACAGGGAUAGGGACAGAGGGCGAAGCUCAGACACACAUUCUAGCCGGCACAGCAGGCGAUCUGAAGGGCGUAGUCAUAGAAGUAGAAGUAGGAGCCAAGAUAAAUUCCAUAGGCAUAGAAGGACCCGGCACUCCCAGGAGAGGGAGUCUUUGACUCCCAGUGACCGCAGGCAUCACUGAAGCCUAUUCAACUCUCAGUAGAUUUGUAAAUGAACUAUGUUUUUAAGAUAUGGUCAAAUUCGGUUAUACUGUUACUAUUUUUAUAUAAAAUAGUAUAUUUUUAUACUAUAUAUUAGUAUAAGUACUAAUAUAUAAUA